AUCUAUCAGUGCAGUGCCCAGCCGACUGUAGUAAGAAGCAGUAGUAACAACAAGUGUUCUUACCGACACCUGUCAAAAUAUCCGUAUUUAUUACGAAUCGAGUUUUAUUUGAAUUCGUAAAUACUACCUAGCAAACUUAUGAGGUGUCGUGUUGUUUAGUGGUGACUGUGUGUUUUAAAAUAAAAAGUUGUUUUCAAAAUGGAUAUGACACCGACUUAUUGGGAGGAAAAUUCUAACAUACAAAGAGUUAAAUACGAAAGCUGUACCUCCCAUGACGAUACUUCGAGGAUGAAAGAUGAAAGACCAGUAUACAAUUGUUGUGAUACAAACUUAAAUUUUUCCACGGCCACUUGUAGCGAAGACGAUUGCGAAUACGGACCCUAUAAAAAAAAUAAAGUUGCCCGGCAAGAUCCAAUGUCCCAUCGAAUUAUCGAAAAAAGGAGAAGGGACAGAAUGAACAAUUGUCUAGCCGAUUUAUCGCGUUUAAUACCGACAGAAUAUUUGAAAAAAGGACGUGGAAGAAUUGAAAAAACAGAAAUCAUCGAAAUGGCUAUUAAACAUAUGAAAUAUUUACAACAGGAACAGGGACAUUCGACAGAACAUUAUAGGUUAGGUUAUCAAGAAUGUAUGUCUGAAGCGAUGCGAUUUAUGGUCGAAGUAGAAGGACAUUUUCCUCGAGAACCGAUUUGCGUAAGAUUAUUGAAUCAUUUACAGAAACACGGCGAGGCAAUUUCUCGCGCCUCAACAUUCGACACCAAUCAUCAUACGUCAUUAUUAACGGAACACAUCGUACCAGUACCUAAUAUAAAUGAACCAGUUUCAAGUGAUAUAUCUGCUAAAGUAGUAAGUUAUUCAAUACCUAAAGUAGAUCCGGAACCGAAUAACAACAACAGUUCCUAUAUUGUCAGUCAAACUAAUCAAAUAACGACAGAUCCCACCGAAUACGAAAAACAUAUGGAUCAUCAACAUCCCGAAACUCACGCCAUAUCUUACAAAUAUAAAACGAAUAUCAAAUUAAGAUUCAAUCAAGAUAGUAACGGGGUUAAUCAAGAUCCUACGAAAACGCAAAAAAUGGAAAACGGUCGCAGGAAUUCUAUAACGAGCCUUGAAAAUCAAAGUUCCAGCCACAGUUCUCCUCCAAGUAGCGAACCGUAUACAAGAAUCUCCGAUAGCGAUCAUGGUCAUAGAAGAUCUCCUUCGGAUAGUACGUCGUCGGUGCACAUCGGUCCUAAAUUAGAACCACCAAGAACCGACGUUAUACAAAGGUACUCGCCGAACAACAAAACACCCGAUACGAAAAAUUUCAACGUACCGAUAUUCGUUUUACACGCCAAAGGAUCCUAUUACAUACCUCUUACUAUAGAUUACAAAACUCUAGUUCCGUUUUUACAAAGUUACGACCUUUUGGAAGUGGUACCUUUACAUAUACUACAUCCUGUUACCAUUAACGUCAAUUUUACGCCUAAUAUCAACAACGACGGUACUAAAUAUAUUGUGAAUAAUUGGCAUUAGGAUCCCGGGGAAGUACUGAAAGGCUGUGAUGGUCAGGUUAAUUGUUAAGACUGAUAAUUAAUGAUAAUAUGUAAAUACAAGGUUGAAAUUUUAUUUUCUAGAACUUCUUAACAGUUAUAUAUGUGUACACAGAGAAGUGUUUAUGUUGAAAAAUUUUGAUCGGUUACUCGUUUCUGAAAUAAGACUUUUCGUACUUAAAGCAUCCAAAAAAGGACCUUUUACUCGGUUAAUAUUACAACAAAACAGCCUUUAUACAAAGGAAGGCAACGGCUAUACUGGUUUGUCAACAGACACGAUAGACAUGUCAUUCGAAAGAGGUUAAACAACUAACAGACACUUUUGUAGCAGUGCUAGUCUCGUUAUUUAAUAACUAUACCCCGUAUAAGUAGUUACUCGAUAUUUAAUUGAUUCAAGUCCAAAAAAAAAAUGAAAAAUUACUUCUACAUGCCAAUCGCCCAGGUUAAGUCUUCUCAAUGUAUUACUUUCUCCUUCGAGUACCUAAGCCUUUUUCUGAAAUGAUUAGGACAUUCACAAUUUCAAGCUCAUCUUCUGCCAUACCUAUAGUGUUAAUGUGGUCCUGUCAACAGUUGAGUCAUUCUUCGAUACAACCCUCAAACUUCUUAGCUGAGAUGGUUAUGGAAUCUUUUUGGAGUGUCUCAGGCUUGGAGAUUACCCAAUAGCUCCUAUUAAACAUUUUGCCCUUAUAUAGAUACUUUACUCCAUUGGAAAGUAUUAGUUGAGUUCCUUCUUUCCGUGUAAUGCCUUUCUUCGCCUUGUAAAAUAGCAUUUCUUCUCAUCACCUCAAUUUUUAAUUGUAUUUAGAGCAGUUUGCAUCCUGGCAGUGUUUUAUCUUCAUGCUUGUUUCAUCGGGGUGGUUUGGGACAGUGAUUCCAGUGACCACAGUAUAGGUGAUAGGACUCCUCUCUAAGGACAGUCCUUCACUAUAGAAACGGUGAAGGUGUUUCCGUUUAUUUUUUCUUCUAAUACCUUAUUGAUAGACUGAUGUGAAAUCUAGUCAAAAGCACUAUGUCACUGAGGGUUAUUAGAGACAAAAGCAGGGUAACAUUUUGAAUAUAUGGUGUGGUGAUGAUUAUAUAUGGUCUAUCUAUAAAUUAAAACCCUUUUUUCAAAAUUAGUUAACGGUACCAGGGUAACCUCAAAUCUAUAAAUAAUUGGAGUUUGAACUGAAAUCAGUUUAUCCAGAGUUUUAAAUAUUCGGACUCCUUCUCAAUUGUUUAGAUAUUAAAUUAAUGAUGAGACGAAGGGAGAAAAAAUAAAAUCGACUCUCAAAAUAAAAAAGGUCGCUUACAUCCAGGUCUAGAUAAUUUUAUUUGGAAAUUUUUCAUUUUCCCGGUUAACCCCCUCUAAUGUAUAUUUUAAUAUUUUUGUUACUUUUUAUUUUUUCUGUUCUUUUACGCAUUUUUGUAACGAAUUAUUUUUAUAACAGCUGUAAAGUACUUCUCUACAUAUUUUAAAAAUAUAUAGAUAUUAUGUUGAA